UUUCAAAUAUAUCGCAUCGCCAGUUUCCUAUCUUUGAUCCGUCGUCAUGGUCAAUGAUAUCCCUAUUGCCGUUGUAGGCAUUGCCUACCGUGCCCCUGGUACCGGUGGCAAGGGUAUAUGGGACUACCUUACACAAGCUCGGUCUGCAUGGUCGAAGUUCCCCGACCACCGGUUCAAUGUGUCGGGAUAUUGGAAGCCCGGUGCCGACAAAUCCGGCGUGUUCAGAGCCGAAGGCGCACACUUUGUGCCCGAGGACAUUUACGCUUUCGAUGCCGCUUUCUUCAACAUGAGAGCGGAGGAGGCUAAGAACGCUGACCCCCAGCACCGAAUGCUGCUUGAGUGCGCCUUGGAGGCCGUGGACGACUCUGGUCACAGCCUUACUGACCUUGCCGGGAAGAAGAUCGGCGUCUUCGUGGGUGCCGGCCAGCACGAAUACUCCGAGCGUCUCUGCGAGGACCACUUCGCAGCCAAGACAUUCACAGCUACCGGACUGGCACCCUGCAUGCUCGCCAACCGCAUCUCGUACUUCUUCGACGUGAGCGGACCUAGCGUCGUGCUGGACGCUGCCUGUGCCAGUAGUGUCUACGCAGCACACCAAGCCGUGUCGGCUGUCCGCAACGGAGAGUGCGAGGCUGCGUUUAUCGCAUCAUGUGCGCUCACGGUUGCCCCUGGCGGGUGGCUCGCGCUGGAAAAGACAGGGGCUCUUUCGGUUCACGGUAGAAGCUUUUCGUACGACCACAAAGCCUCUGGCUUCGGACGUGGCGAGGGCGCUGGCUGCCUGCUUAUCAAGCCCCUGAAGGAUGCAGUGGCAGCGGGUGAUCCAAUCCAUGCCGUCAUUCGCAAUUCUGCCUGCAACCAUGGAGGAAGGUCGGAGGGCAUCACCAUGCCAAACGGCAUAGCUCAUCGAGAGCUCCUCCGCUCGGUGCAUCAUGCCGUCGGCUUGGACCCUGCCGAUACCCCUGUUGUUGAGGGCCAUGGAACCGGCACUGCGGCCGGUGACCCGAUCGAAGCCGGCGCAUUUACGGCGGUUCUUGCCAAAGACAGAACACCAGACAACCCCAUCUACAUUGGAUCGGUCAAGUCGAACUUCGGGCAUCUCGAAGGGGCCAGCGGCAUGCUGGGCAUGAUCAAGGCAAUCUUGAUGGUCAAGAACGGAAUCGUACUUCCCACCGCAGGCUUCGAGUCCAUCAACCCCAAGAUCCCGGACAAGGAGAAGAUUGUCGUGGCAGAGGCCCCCCUGCCAUGGCCGAAAGGCGAGCCACGACGAGUACUGGUGACCAACUUCGCUCCAUCCAGUGGUGCCACAAAGAGUCACGCCAGCCUCAAUGGCGUCGAUGGCACCAAUGGCCACACCAAUGGCCACACCAACGGCAACAUCAACGGCAACACCAACGGCAGCACCAACGGCACCACCAACGGGCACACAAACGAAAACGGUGUCUCUUUCACGGACGAUUCGCGCCUAUUCGUUCUCUCCGCAAAAAGCGAAAAGAGUCUAACGUCAUACCUGGGCGUAUUCAGCGAGUAUUUAGAGGACGAGGCUCCCGAGACUCAGGAUUAUCUCCAAAGCCUUGCCUACACCUUGGGCCAGCGCCGCACGCAUCACCCAUACCGCGUUGCGGUAGUGGCGGACUCCCUUGAGACCCUCGAGGAGAAGAUCUCAGCGAUCAAGCCAGGCAGGGCCAAGAACCGAACUCUUGCCUUUGCCUUCACUGGCCAGGGUGCCCAAUACGCCCAGAUGGCGACCGGACUACGGCGCUACGAUCUCUUUGCGGCUGCAUUGGAUGAAGCCGAUGCCCAUCUUCGCGCCAUGGGUGCAACGUGGAGUCUCCAAGAGGAGCUUAGCAAUCCUGUGGAUAGCUCCCGCGUGGAUGAUGCUGAGAUCAGUCAGCCGGCGUGUACCGCUAUUCAACUGGGUCUGGUGGCGCUACUCAAGAGUUGGGGGCUUGUUCCGAAGGCCGUUACCGGGCACUCGAGCGGCGAGAUUGCUGCAGCAUAUGCCGCAGGUUUGAUCUCCUUCAAAGCAGCCAUUGCCAUCUCCUAUUUCAGGGGCCAGGCAGCUGCUCGGCUGUACCGCCAACAGUCCCAGGAGGGGCAGCAGGGGGCCAUGCUGGCCCUCGGUCUUGGACCCGAGCAAGCGGCCGAGCUCAUCCAGGGUACCGCACAAGGGUAUGCCACUGUUGCCGCUAUCAACAGUCCCAAGAGUGUCACCGUCUCGGGAGACGUGGCUGCCAUCGAGCGGGUUCACAAAGCUGCAGAGGAACAAGGCCUGUUCGCCCGCAGACUCAAAAUCCAAAUGGCCUACCACUCGCGACAUAUGGAAUCGGUGGCAUCCUAUUACCUGGACCAUAUCCGGCCCUACUGCGAGAAGGAUGCAGCAGACCUUACCACCGGUGACGCCGCCGACGUUAUGUUUGUGUCUUCUGUCACGGGAGGCGUACUUGACCGGGACAGCGUUGACGCGACAUACUGGGUAAAGAACCUCGUCCGUCCCGUCAGGUUCGCAGAUGCCAUCCAGGCGAUUCUCACACCGCCGUCGCUCAAAGGCAGCAUCCAGGCAGAAGUUCCCAAUACUAUUCUGGAGAUCGGUCCCCACGCUGCUCUCAAAAGUCCGAUCAAGCAGACGGUAGAGUUGACCCAUCCCCAAAUGGUUUCGACAUUCACCUACCUCCCUUCAUUGAUGCGCAAUACAAGCGCCGAAGCAGCACUUCUCGACCUGGCCGGCGCUCUCUUCACUCUAGGAGUCCCGAUCCAGCUCGGAGCUAUCAACCAAACCAAUAUUGAUAACUCCGACGUUAUCACCGGCCUUCCGGGGUACGCCUGGGACAAAUCGGUGAGCUACCAGCUCGAGCCGCGGGCGGUUCACGAAAAGCUAUUCCCGGCUGAGGCCUAUAAUCCGCUAUUGGGAAGAAUCCUUCCCAGUUACGGUGGCAAGGCGAAAGCAUACCGCCAGGUCUUUACACUGGAUGAAGCCCCGUGGAUCCGGGACCACGUCGUGGCCGGCGCUACCAUUUUCCCCAUGACCGGCUAUAUGUCUUGCGCUAUCGAGGCCUGUAGGAGGACUCUAUCUUCCCCGGCGGCCGCGUUCCUCGUACGUGAAUUUCACGUCAAGUCCCGUCUGGAAAUCCAAGAAGACGAGGAGGUCGAUAUGAUCACCCAGAUCCGACCGGCUGCUGGCGGAAGGGCCGCAAACUCGUCAACCGCGUGGGAGUUCGAGAUCUCCGCCUGGAGAGACAAUGGAUGGGUAGUCCACGCUCACGGCCAAAUUGAGCCUGAAUUCACCGACAUGAGUGUGGAAACGCCAACCCUCAAAGCUUCACUCCCGCUAGUCGAGAGGACCGACGACCUAAUCGAACAGGAUUUGGCAUACGCCUUUGCCGUCGCCGGUGUGCGCGCCACCCGCUAUGGCCCAACCUUCCAGAACUCGACAGCCUUCUUCGAGGGCAAGGGGUACACGCUCCUCGAACACAAGCUCCGUGACCUGGGCUAUGCCCUCGAGGCGCCCAACCCCUAUGGCUCUCCUGUCUCAGUCGACCCACCCACCAUUGAUGGGUUCCUCCAGGGUGGUGGUCCCCUCCAAGUGACCGAGGACGGACGGAGACCAGCACAAAUGCCCAACUAUAUUAGCCGGUUCCGCAUCUCCAACACGAUCCCAACCACUCCCGGACAGCGCUUCGACAUCGUCACGCGCUUACUAAAUUACGAUGUCAAGGGUGGCCGCAUGAACAUCAGCGUAGCAGCCUUUGCGCGAGAUGCGGAUGAUAACCUCACCCCUGUCGCUGAGUGGGAGUCCUGUGCCUUCCGUACCAUUGGCUCGGCCGACGAGGAGCUUGAUCCGACUGCGGCUCUGCCGGAGAGCUGGAAGUGGGAACUGCUCCCGCGCUUCGACUAUCUCCAGUUCGACAAGCUCAGCAAGUCACUUCCUCGAGGGGGAUUAAGCCCCGAAGAAGAGCAGCACGUUGCCAACAUGGACAAGGUCGCCUGGUACUACAUCAACAAGGGCAUCGAAGAAACGGCCAACGACGACCGCUCGGACUACCCACACCACUAUACCCAGUUUGUCAAAUGGGCGAAUAUCAAUGGUGGCACUCGCCGCGUUGAGCUAGGUGUAGACCUGUCUCAGGAGACUCUCGAUGCGGUCCGGAAACACGAUGCGCAGGGUGAGAUGCUCUGCGUGAUCGGCGAGAAGAUUGCUUCCAUCCUGCGCGGCGAGGUCGAGCCCCUCGCGCUCAUGCUUGCCGAUGGCUUGCUUACUCGCCAUUAUGAAGCCGACCAGAUGAACGCUCAUCUCAGCAGCGUCCUCGGCGAGCUGGUACUCAAUCUCUCCAAUCUUGAACCCAACCUCAAGGUGCUGGAAAUCGGCGCUGGUACGGGCGGCACAACCCUCCCCGUACUCGAGGCACUCGCGCGUGGCAAGGAAGAAGCCACCAUUCUCAACUACACCUUCACGGAUAUCUCUUCGGGCUUCUUCGAGGGCGCCAAGAACAAGCUUUCCGACCCCAGGUUUGCUCACCGCAUCACCUACAAGAAGCUCGAUAUCGCACAAGAUCCACUUGAGCAAGGCUUCGACCCGGACGAGUACGACGUAAUCAUUGCCGCCAACGUUCUGCAUGCCACCGAAGACAUGGGUACUACCAUGACCAACGUCCGCAAGCUGCUCAAGCCGCGCGGCAAGCUCUUCCUACUCGAAGCCAACCGCCACCCUGCUGUGCUAUUACCAUUCUUCCUGCUCCCCGGCUGGUGGUAUGCCAAGGAUCACUACCGCGACCAUGAUGCGGGCCCCAUGAUGCCUAAGCAGGUUUGGAAUCAGCUGCUUCUUGAUACGGGGUUCUCGGGGGUUGACGUCGAGAUCCAAGAUCGGCCCGGGGACCCGGGUGCAACUAUGAGCAUUCACGCGUCCACCAGGGUAGCCGCGCCGGAAGACGGCAAAACCGUCGCGGUUACGGGACCAUUUAUGGAUGACGAGGAGGUCGAGUUCGCCACUCUUGUAUCCGAGGCCAUCGCAGCGCAGUACGGCAUCCCGGUCGAGAUCAAGCCCUUCGCUGAGAUCGACCCAGCGGAUGAUCCGUACUACAUCGUCAUCGACUCUCCCCGGUACAGUCUGAUGAAGGAUAUGAACGAGGAGAAGUUUGAGAGACUGCAAAACCUUUUGCUUCGCAACACCGGCCUGCUCUGGAUCAUCCCCAACUCUGGUCCUGUGGAGGUUAGCUUCGUCAAGGGUAUGAUUCGCACCCUCCGCGUGGAAAAGGCCGGUGAUCCGAAGAACCUUAUGCAACUCGACGAGACGCCUCUUACGGAAGAGGCUCUUCCCAGCAUUGUCAAACUCGUCGGGACGCUCCGCGACCCAGACAUCACCCGCACGCAGGACAUGGACUUCGUCUUCCAUGACGGCACCAUCUACAUCCCGCGUAUGAGAUUGCUGAGGGACUUCAAGGAACAGUUUGCCGCCGAGCAAGGCAUCAAGCACCGCAAGCUGCGGAACCUGUGGGAAGCGGGCGACAGCGCGCUCGAGAUGACCAUCGAUGCUGCGGGAAGUCCCGACUCGAUCUAUUUCCGCCGUACCGACGCGCUUCAACAGCAGCUUGGUGAGGACGAGAUUGUCGUCAAGGUCGAAGCUGCAGGCGUCAGUUACCGGGAUCUCAACCUCGUUUUGGGGGCCAUCCCCUGGGCGCCUCCCGGCUUCGAUGGUGUGGGCAGGGUGGUCAAGGCCGGUGCUGGCGUGACCAACCUACAAGAGGGAGAUCAAGUCUUCUUCCUCUCGCUCGAAAGCAGUGCAUUCUGUACGUACAAGAAAAUGCCUGUCUGGCACGCCGCCCGCGUCCCGGCCCGCAUCAGCACCACAGACGCCGCGACCAUCCCGCUUGCAUACUCCCUCGCUGUUCUUGCGCUCCUCCACACGGCCAGGCUCAGGAAGAACGAGACUGUACUCAUCCACGCGGCCGCUGGAGCAGUUGGCCAGGCCUGUGUCACCAUCGCGCAGCACCUGGGCGCUGAUAUUUUCGUCAGUGCCGGUACCCCCGCCAAGAGGGAAUUCUUACACGAGACUUUCGGCAUCCCCAAAAAGCGUAUCUUCUCCAGCCGUACGGCCGACUUCAGAGAUGCCAUACUCGUUGCCACCAACAACAAGGGGGUAGACGUCAUCGUAAACCAGCUCGGUGCCGAGCUCAUGACCGAGACAUGGGCGGUGACAGCCCCUUUUGGCCGGUUUAUCGAGAUCGGAAAAAAGGAGACGUCCAGCAACGGCUACCUCCCCAUCCGGCCCUUCGACAGCAACGUCACCUUCAGUGGCAUCGAUCUGCGCGAUCUCUACAGGCACCGACCUGACGUUCUCAAGGAUGUCUUCGCCGACGUUGUUGGGCUCGUCCAGCGCAGGGUCGCCGUGCCCAUCAAGCCCGUCACGGUGCUGCCCAUCUCGCAGUUCCAGAAGGCGUUGCAGAAGCUCAAGUCCGGUGACAACAUUGGCAAGGUCGUCGUCACGCUUGGCCCGGACGAGCGUGUCAUGGCGGAGAGCAACCUCGGCCCGACGGCUGUGGCCCUCAAGCCGGACGCGACCUAUGUCAUCACCGGCGGCACCCGAGGUAUCGGUCUCAACCUCGGAACGUGGAUGAUUGAUCACGGGGCGAAGAACGUUGUGUUGCUUGGCCGCAGUGGUGCCGCCGGUCCCGCGGUGAAGAAAGUGCUAAAGCAGUACGAGGGAACCGACGUGACCGUUCGCGCUCUUGCUUGCGACGUCGGCAACUACAGCAUGCUCAAAGACGUGCUAACUAAGUCUAUUGCCGACCUUCCCCCGGUCAAGGGAGUAGUACACAGUGCUCUUCUCCUGAGUGACACAUUGUUCGAGAACGCGACCUUCUCGGACUGGGAGAUUAUCUGCAAGCCUCGGGUCGACGCGGCAUGGCACUUGCACAAUAUCCUGCCCAAGGACAUGGACUUCUUCAUCGGUCUGGGCUCCUUCCUCGGCGACACGGGCAACGCCGGGCAGGCCAUCUACGCGGGCACGGCCGUCUUCUACCACGAGUUCGCCAAGUACCGCAACAAGCUCGGCAUGCACACCAUCUCGAUCGCGCUCCCGGUCGUGCUGGACGUGGGCUACGUGGCGGACAACAACCUGACCGACAUCCUCAAGCAGACGCUCGGGGCGACGCUGACCAUGGCCGACAUCCGCACGCUCGUCAAGGGCGCGGUCAUGGGCCCGGACAGCCCGUUCCACCACGACGGCAAGGCGCUGGCCUUCCGUAUGUUCCUCGAGGGCCAGCCGGUGGUCGACGGCGGACCGUGGACCUUCUUCCACCCCGUCCACGCCAAGGAGAACCUCAAGGCGGAGCGGGCCAAGAAGGCCAAGGGAGGGAAGGGCGGCGGCGUGGGAGGAGCGGGCGGGGACGUGUUCUCGGCGAGCUGGACCACGGCCGAGGAUCCGCGGGUGGGCCUGACCGAGGCGCUGCGGACCAAGGUCUCGGCCAUGACGAUCAUCGAUCGGGACGAGGUCGGUGCCGACACGCCCCUGGCGACGUUCAACUUGGAUUCGUUGGUGAGUGUCGAGCUGCGGAACUGGAUCCGCCGCGAGACGGGCGUCGAGGUGUUGUUGAGUGCUAUUACUCAGGCCGAGAGUUUGACGGCGCUGGCCGCCGAGAUUCUUGCGCAGAGGCAGUGAGUGCGAGAUGGUUGGUGGGGGCAAACAUAUCAGAGGAGAAGAACCUUUUUCUUUCAUCUUUUUUUCUUUUUUCCUUUUUUCGCCUUCUCGAUUCUUGUUUCUUGGAGAUUUACUCGGAGUUCUGAGACUACCUAAGAACAGAUUGUCUGUAGUUUAGCCAUUUUCUCUUCUUUUGUGUGUCUCUUAUCGCGUGUGGGCUGAAACUCCUGUGUUCCGUUCGAUCCGUGCCGCCGGUGCGUUGUUAGAUUCAGAAUCUUACAUCUGUUCGUGCAGCAGAAAGAGGCGCAACUACCUAGGUACGCUCCAGUAUUGCCACGGGGGGCUCCAAGAGG